CCCGUGUCCCCCCAAAUCCCCCGUUUCUGUCCCCCGGGGGUCCUCCCGGCCGCCAGGUGGCUCCGCGCGUACGAGAGCGCCCUCUCCUUCCACUUCAGCAACUACUUUGUGGCCUUCCUGUCCGAGGCCACGGCCACGCUGGCGGGCUCGGGGCACAGCGAGAGCCACGACAACCUGCGCUGGGACCUGUCUGUGUCGCGGCCGCUGCGGGUGGAGCUGCCGCGCUCGAUGGCCGAGGUGGUGACCAACUGGAACCUGCCCAUGUCCCGCUGGCUGCACACCUACGUGUUCCAGACCGCCCGCAGGUUGGGCACCUUCGCUGCUGUGCUGGGCACGUACGCGGCCAGCGCCCUGCUGCACGGCCUGAGUUUCCACCUGGCCGCCGUGCUCCUCUCCCUCGGCCUCAUCACCUACGCCGAGCACGCGCUGCGGCAGCGCCUGGCCGUGCUGCUGGACGCCUGCGUGCUCGCCAAGCGCUGCCCGCCCCGCUGCCCACACAGGAACAAGGACGCCGUGUGGGUGCGAGCCCUGAACGGCGCCCUGGGGGUCCUGGCCCUGUUCCACCUCUCCUACCUGGGCGCCCUCUUCGACGUGGAGGCCGACGACGCCGUGGAGGAGCAGGGCUAUGGGAUGUCCUACACCAUCCGCAAGUGGUCGGAGCUGCACUGGGCGAGCCACUGGGUCACCCUGGGCUGCUGGCUCCUGGCGCGGCUGCUGCGCUGAGCCCGCCCGGGGCCCUGGGGGGCACUGGGAGGGGCCGGGGGGGGCACUGGGAGCGACUGGGAGGGAACUGGGAGCGCUGGGAGGACCCGGCGGCCCCGAGCGCGGCCGCUCCGCCCGCCGCCGGAAGUUUCUCUCUAUGGUCCCUGCCCGCUCCGCCCGCCGCCGGAAGUUCCUCUCCAUGGUCCCUGCCCGCGACGCCACCCAAUAAAGCCCCGCCCCCGGUG